GUUUUUUUUUAAAGGCUUGUGCAUUUUAAAGAUAUUUUGAUUACCGUAUAAUUAAUACUGUAAGAUAAAUAUGUAGUACAAAUGAAAGCCAAGUUACAAAAAAAAAAGAAGAUAAAUACUACAAGGACUCACAACAUACGUAUUCAAUGAUAACUUUCAGUAUAACUAGUGGAUCAUUUUCCACUUACAGAUAUAAAUUUGUGUCAAUAUUGCUUCUCUCUCUUUUUCAUAUUUAUACAUUUGAAUAAAUAUCAGUAUUUUAUUACGUGAACUGAAACAAAAUUACUCUGGUACGCAGUUGUGACAUUUUAUAAUUAGCUUCGACCUAAGGCAUUCGAAGUUCGAAUCAAUAAUGGGGGAUUUUUUUGAGCAACCACGUCGUGUUCUCAGUAUAUUAGAGCUUAGUUAAUUGCUUAAUCCAAUAAUUUUGUACGUUUAAUUUGGAAAUAUGCAACAUUCCAAUGAAUGUCUUAACAGCCAAAAUAUACACUUAUAAAAAUAUAGGUUCACUGGAUCUUGAUAACAAUAUAUAUCUGCUCACAAGUCACAACAAAAAAAAGGUACAAAUUAUAACUAUAAAUUUGUUUAAAGUUUAUUUUCAAGUAUGUUGCUAGGUCUAAUAAACGGUCGAACGGCUUUAUUCGUUUUAUAUUAUUCAAAUUUCCGUUAUAAUAUGUGUGACAAUAUACAAAUUCUAUGUCAUUUUGGAUUUAAACCGUUCAAUCAUCUCACCCGGCCAAAAGUCCUCAUCAUUAAACCCAUGUUGUUAAUGGCUUUCUAGGCGUAAUAUUAAUUCUUUUGUGAAUUGACAAAAGAAUUCAGGUUGUUAUAAUACUAGUCUUUUAUCAUUUAAAUUCAAUAGUAUACUUCUUUUUCAUGAACACAAUAUAUUUUGAGGUGGCGAUUUCCGUUGAACCCUAGGUCAAGCAAAAGCCACAGAUCAUUAAUACUUUGCAAACCUAGAUCAACACAUGUGUAUGUAUGGGUUUAGGGAGAGCUGCAUUUCUUUUUUAUUUUUAAUGAAAAUUAAUUAGUCGGUGGGAUGUGUAGCCACUCCUGAUGGAGGUCUAACCACGUUGCCUCAAAUUCCACUGCUUCGCGGAAUUCUAAAUUUUAUCUUUUUGAAGAAAAAAUUGAAUUAAAAAGACAUAGAAUUUUAAAUUUUGUUCUACCUUGCAAUAUAAAUUAACUUCUUUUUGUUUACAUAUAUUCUCUACAUAUUAAGAAGAGAGAGAAAACGUUUGUGUGAGUUAUGUUCCAAAAAAAACCUGAUUUACAAGAUCAAAAUUAUGACAAAGAAUGAGGGGGAUACAAAAAAAAGCGUAUGUUUUGAAAAAAAAAACUAUAAAAGCACAACGAAAAUAAAAGAUCAAAUCUAAAAAUAGUCAUACGAAGAAAUUUGUACAUGAACAAGUUUUAGUAUAGAUAAAUAGUUUCUUUAAGCGAUAGUUUGAUAAUCUAUAACGGAAAAGGUACUAUUUCUCUAAAAUAAGGCUAAAGAGGAGAAAAAAAAUAGAAACUCACAAGUCCCCCCAAUGGACCUUUCAUGUUUAUAUGUAUACAUGAUCGUGUAGCAAUAUGCGUUGUCAUGUCUUCCUUAGAAUCGAUUAUAUAGGCAACGUCUAUGUGUAUCUCCUUUUUACCCUUGAUUGAUUCCUACGUUGGUAGCAACCUGACAUCAGACUUAAUUAUCCUGUUUUCGUUCUCUUCUCAAAUGUAUUUCCAAAGUCAUGUCUCUUCUCUCGAUAAGCCCUGGACUUCUUUUUCACAAAUAACGUAUUAACGAUUUAAAUAGGGUUGUAAUAUCGGUGAGUGAUUAAUGAAGAUGUGAGAUUUUGGGCAUGUCAACACCUAAUUAUGAGAUUAUCAACGUGGUUUUUGACAAGUUUGAUAAGUAUCAAAUAGUUAAAUAGUAGUAAUAAAAUCCCCAGAUGUAAUACGUUAACUAAAUCGAGACCGUUUUGUUACAGCGAAAACUCUAAACAUACGGAUACGUCUCUUACUAAUCAAUAAUUUCCAUGUACCAUGAGUAAUAUAAAUAUAUGGCAUGCAAAGAAAGAGGUUGCAAAAUACUCGAACUACUUUUCUUGUAACUAUCAUUGUAUUUGUUGGACAAGGAUUAAACUAAUAACAAUAAGUAGAACCUAUGAGCGAAUAAAUAAACAAAUGAUGGUGGGAUGCAAGCUUAUCAUUUGAGAAUUAAAUAACAUUCAUGAGUAAAAAUAAUAACUUAGAAAAAAUAAAAUAUAUUACAAAUUCCAAAUUGCUUCAAGUCUUCUUCUCUAUUUAUACAUCUUCUUCAGCAAUACAACAAAACACACACAUACUUAACACUCUCUCUGUUUUCUUCCUUCAGAACUAGUAACCUAUAAACUCUAUUUAAAGAUGUAUAGAAACAAUAACAAGAAGUCUCUCAACAUCUCAAGCAUGUUCGGUAACUUCAUCCCAGACAGUGACAUUUUCUCCCGUCGCUGCAUUUGGGUCAACGGCCCGGUCAUCGUCGGAGCCGGCCCAUCGGGCCUAGCUGUAGCUGCUGGCUUGAAACGUGAAGGAGUACCGUUUAUAAUCCUCGAGCGGGCCAACUGUAUCGCUUCACUGUGGCAGAACAGAACGUACGACCGUCUCAAGCUCCAUCUCCCUAAACAGUUCUGCCAACUACCCAACUUCCCCUUCCCGGAGGACUACCCGGAGUACCCAACCAAGUUCCAGUUCAUUCAGUACCUUGAGGACUACGCAACCCACUUCGACAUCAACCCUAAGUACAACGAGACGGUCCAGUCGGCGAAAUACGACGAGACGUUCGGGCUGUGGCGUGUCAAGACGAUAUCGAAGAGCGGGCCGCUCGGUUCUUGCGAGUUUGAGUAUAUCUGCAGGACUCUUGUGGUGGCUACGGGAGAGAAUGCUGAGAAAGUUGUGCCGGAUUUUGAAGGACUUGAGGACUUCGGCGGAGAUGUUCUUCACGCCGGAGAUUACAAAUCCGGUGGGAGGUACCAAGGGAAGAAGGUAUUGGUCGUAGGAUGUGGAAACUCUGGUAUGGAAGUGUCUCUUGAUCUCUACAAUCAUGGAGCAAACCCAUCAAUGGUUGUUCGUAGCUCGGUUCAUGUGUUACCGAGGGAGAUUCUUGGGAAGUCAACGUUUGAGCUAGGAGUCACGAUGAUGAAAUGGAUGCCGGUUUGGCUCGCGGACAAGACACUUCUCUUUCUUGCGAGGAUAGUCUUGGGGGAUACCGAUAAAUACGGUCUAAAAAGGCCAAAGCUCGGACCGUUAGAGCUGAAGAAUUUGGAAGGUAAAACGCCGGUUCUUGACAUCGGAGCACUACCUAAAAUCAGAUCGGGAAAUAUCAAAAUCGUCCCGGGGAUCAUAAAGUUCGGUAGAGGAAAAGUUGAGCUAGUGGAUGGCCGUGUUCUUGAGAUUGAUUCCGUUAUUCUAGCUACUGGUUACAGAAGCAACGUCCCUUCAUGGCUUAAGGACAAUGACUUCUUCUCCGAUGAUGGGAUACCGAAAAACCCGUUUCCAAACGGAUGGAAAGGAGAGGCAGGACUGUAUGCUGUCGGAUUUACGAGGAAAGGAUUGUUUGGUGCGUCGCUGGACGCGAUGAGUGUGGCUCACGAUAUUGCAUGCAGGUGGAAAGAAGAAUCUAAGCAACAUAAGAAAACUGCUGCAGCUCGUCAUCGUCGGUGUAUCUCACAUUUCUAAUUAUAAAACACUACUAGAGGAAAAAUACAAAAUGGAGAUAUGAUCAUGGGAAAAAAAUCAAAGAGAUAACUAAGCCCUCUCUGAAGAAGAAACCCAAAAACAAAAAAAAAGUGAAAAUAAAAAUUGCGGUUUUUUCUUUGUUUUUGAAGAGAUGUGGCUUUUUAUAUAUAACUGUUUAUUCUUUUGUUUUGCGAAUGUUUUUUUUUUUUUGUUCUUGUGUAUUAUUUUUGUUCUUCAUUUUAGAUUCUGAACUUGUAAGAAGUUUUGAUUAAUCUAAUAUGACAAAUGUUAUUAUGU